AUGGAUGAGUUCGCCCCGCCUGCAGGGCCGCCCCCUCCAAAGGCGCCUGAAGUACCAGCUGGAUGGGUUGCGCGCUGGAACGAACAAUACAAGGAGUGGUUCUACGUCAAUGUGUACACGAAAAAGUCGCAAUGGGAUAAGCCCACGGAGCCGGUCUUCCCGGUCGACGACAACGCCCCGUCUGAUCCUCCGCCUGGGUACGAGCCGGGCAAGAAUGCACCCGUCACCGCCGACGUCAAGAAGGACCCCUACCAAGAUCGAACAGACGACAAGUCUGGGCUCCCCGCCGCCGCUCAUGCUCUGACGUCAGCCCCAGACCAAGAUGCUCAGCUGGCGGCAAAGCUGCAAGCCGAGGAGGACGCCAAGGCUCGAGGCGGUCCUGCACCACCUGCUGGCCACGGCAAUCCUGGCGGCGGUGCUGCUGAUUCGUAUACGCAAGGCUACCAAGGCAAUCAAUCGCAACAGCAGUAUCCAUCAGAGUUGCCCCCUCGGGCCGACAGUGCGCGCGGCAAGGACCGCGGCUUCCUAGGGAAGCUCUUUGGUAAGGGCAAGAACACGCAGCAAGAGCAGUCCAGCUAUGGUGGGGGAUAUCCUCAGCAGCAGCAGCAGCAGCAGGGCUAUUACCAGUCACCGCCGCCUCAGCAGUACGGAGGAUACCCUCAGCAAGGUUCCCCGAUGGGCGGCGGUUACGGAGGAGGAUACGGUCAGCCCCCGUACGGCCAGCCUGGAUACGGUCCUCAAGGCGGCUACGGUGGUGGCUACGCCCCCGGGCCUUAUCCUCAGGCGGGCUACCACCAGCAGCAGCAGCAGCAGCCGGCUAGGAAAUCGGGCAUGGGUGGCAUGGGCAUGGGCCUCGCCGGCGGUGCCCUGGGCUUGGGUGCCGGUGUUUUGGGCGGGGCCUUGAUUGCGGAUGCCAUCCACGAUCACGACCAAGCAGAGUACAUGCAGGGAUAUGAAGCAGGUCAGGACAAUGCGUAUGAUGACGAUUUCGGAGGCGGAGACUUUGGCGGCGGCGAUUUUUGA